UCAGCGUUCCAUACGUUUACAGAAUCUUUGUUGUUGGGAGGGGAGGUGCUGAGGGACUGAUGAAUGCUGGUAAAUGUAGAUUAAUUGCUUGUAAUGUACUUUUUCAGCUUGUCUCGAAAGUGUCUCUCUCUCUCUUUCUCUCACAUGAAUCACAACAGCACUGUACUCUAGAACUAGGGAGCUAUAUAAAAGACCUCUCCGUAGUACACAGUGAUCUGUCCAGCAUUAUCAUAUUGGACAACUCGCCAGGGGCCUACAGAAGCCAUCCAGAUAACGCAAUACCUAUUAAAUCAUGGUUCAGUGAUCCCAGCGACACGGCGCUCCUGAAUCUUCUCCCAAUGCUUGAUGCAUUGCGGUUUACAGCAGACGUAAGAUCGGUUCUCAGUCGGAAUUUACACCAGCACCGAUUAUGGUGACCCUUGUGCCCGCUCCUCGCUCCUCUACGCUCCCUCCCCCGCUCCCCCACCCCCCCACCCAGCUGUCCACGCCAAUAAGUGUGUGCGGAAUGGCCUCCCUUACGUAUUUGAACCCUCCCUCCUCUACCUCGUUCCCCCUUCCCUUCCUCCCACCGCCAGGGAAUUUGGACUCGGCUCUCCCUGACAGACUGCACCGGGCACAGCAGAUGGGCGCCUGGGAGACUCCUUGAAGCAGAAAGUGUGCUGCCAGUCUUUGAUAGCAAUGAAGCAUUGGGACAGUAUUGUACAGUGUUUUAAACAAGAGAUUUAAUCCAGCAUACACACACACACACACACACACACAAUAGAUUAUGAAGAAGCUCGUUUUUUUUUUGGUUCCUUUUUUUCUCCCCCAUUUUUAAAAAAAAAGAAUAAUUUUCUUGUAUUAAAAAGAAGGUUGAACUUGCGCCCCCUUCCUCCCCCUUUUGGCUGUGUUUCUGUUCUCCUCCCACGGCUGCUGCGAAACGUUCUCGGCUCGGGGUUAGCGUCGAUGGUGGGGCAUUUCGGGACCGGCUCGCGAGUUUCCAGGAGCUGUCGACGCAGGCUGGAUAUCCUGCAGUCUUUUUGCGUGUGCAUUGCAUUUUCCGCAUGAAGGAGCACACGCCAUCCCCGGGGACAACUGGCAUACGCACCAGACCCAGGUCUGACCGCACGGACGGAUUUUGGAAUCGCCCGGGAGCAGCUGCUUGGCUUCCUCGUGCAGCUCCUUUUCGGCUUUUGUCAGCGGAGGUGAGGCCUGGGUGGAGUUGACAGAGGCAGCGGUGCACAGAAAUCCGUAUUCUCUGUGCCGCCCAAACCCUCGAACCCCCAACUACGAGCUCGGAGGCAAGUGCCUGGCGAUCCGUUGGGGCUUCCGUUUCAAGACGCACGCCUUGGUGACUGCACCCCGUCGUGGAUCCACAAAGGUUGACUGUCUAGGAGCUGGCUUCAGUUGCAGAGAUUCUCUGGAUCACACCAUGUGCGACCCCUGACUACCUCCUUCCUGUGCGGGUUACAGGCUAACAACUUUUCUUUUCCCUCCCCCAUUUUUCAAUAAAACAUUCCAUUCAAAGUUUA